AUGGGCUUCAGCCUUAACCUUGCAAUAAAGGUAAACAUAACUCUGCUCUUAUAUUCUGAAUUCUUAAUUCUUAGCCACCCAAUUCAUUUCCAGUCCCUCUCCGAAAAUAUGAUAAUGCUUGAAAUUUUUGGCCAACUGAAUUUUGAAAUAACGGUUAUUAAUCACUCAAGAAAAAGAAAGAACCACCCGAAAUGGAUCGAAUCAAAUCGCCAUGACCUGAGCCCGACGAACAUCAGCUUUUGUUUCAUCCUUCAAUAUGGCCACCGUUUCUGGAGCUGCCCCAUGCCAAGACUCCCAAUCGGGUGCCGAAAUGGACCUCAAUUCAACUCUGAAUAACCCUAAUUGGAUCUCCAGGCACAUUUUCCCUCCCACUCGAGCCAUUGUCAAUGGUGCAAGCCGGAUGCUCGGCUCCGUUUUCGGCUUUGAGUUCUCCUCCUCCUCUUCCUCUUCAUCUUCAGAAUGCGGUUCCUGUUCAGAUGACACUCAUGACAACGACGAUCAGGAAGUCUCAUCUCAAGGGGUUCAUACAAUAGAAGAUAGAGAGCCCCAGUCUUUUGCAGGAAAGAAUGAACCCAAGCAUCUAAUAGAGCAGCUUCUCAUGCAGGAGUCUUUCUCAAGGCAAGAGUGUGAUAAACUAACAGAUAUUAUCAAGUCAAGAGUUAUGGAUUCCCCAUCGACCAGUGGCUUGGGGUUUGGUAGACUAAAUGAAAUGCCUGAGAGAACAGGUGGAAGUGAUGUUGAAAUUCAUGAUUUUUGCAGCACAGCUGUUUUGGAGGCAAAAAAGUUGUUAGAGAUGAAGAAGUCAGAAAUGCAUCACGGGACCUCUACUCUGAAUUAUGUUACACUGAAACAUGAUGUUGAAGGUGAAGAGGGAUCACCUGUGGGCAUGGCCAAGUCAUACAUGCGAACUUGUCCUCCAUGGGCAACACCUUCUAAAAACAAUAUUGAAUUUAGAUAUUCAUCACCAUAUUCAAUUGGAGGCAAUUUUUUGUACUCAUCCAAGGUGCUGUUAUAUGCUUAUUCCUAUGUAUGAAUUUAUUUCAUGAUUCACAUAUGUAUCUUAUUCAAAUACAUGUAAGGAGACUGAUGGCUAUUCUGGCUUCUUUGGUGUAUAACGUGUGAUU